GAUAGGAAUGAUUCUUGGAAUCACCUCAGCCCAGAAUCCAGCGACACCGACACUAUCCGUCUUGUUUACGCUUUCACCGCGUUUCCCAUACCGGACCAUCAAUAUGUAUUCUUACCCAAGCAACAUAUCAAGACUAUGCAUGCUCAGAGGUGAGCCUGAUAGAAACACAGAUCAACAUUACAAGAACAUGAUCAAACAUAAUCCUGGAAAUGCCCUGCUUCUGGGAAACUAUGCCAGAUUUUUAAAGGAGACUGGUGAUUUGGCUAAAGCAGAAGAGUAUUGCGAACGAGCAAUUCUAGCGGAAGCUGGAGAUGGGAAUGGGAGUGUACUCUCUCUAUAUGGUGAACUAAUAUGGCAAAGCUGCAAGGAUGUUACUCGAGCUGAAACUUACUUUCAUCAAGCUGUUCUUUCUAAUCCUAAUAACAGUUACAUUCUCGCGUCAUAUGCAAAAUUUCUGUGGGAUGCUGAAGAAAAAGAUGAAGACAGAGAUGGAUCAAAGUCAGCAACAUAGAGAUGUUCUAAAUAAAAUAAUGGUCAAACUCAAAUUCAGAAUGAUAUAGCA